UCAGGAGAGGACACCUCCACUGCACGGGUCCUGCUCUCCUUACCCUACACCCACAACGGAGCAUCCUCAGUGCAGGGGACCCGUGGGACAGAGCAUUCGCAAAGCACCCCGGCCCAGGGCGGGGACACCCCGGGGUGGAGGGGGCCCAGGGCCAGCCCCGGGGGCGGGCAGGCUGCGGCCGGGGGCCCUGCCCGCGGCUCGGGGGUGCAGAGCACCCUCUCCCGGCGCUGCCUGACAGCAGCUGCCGGACUUUUUUAUUACUUUUUUUUUUUUUAAUUAUUUUUUUCUGCCUGCCAGCUGGGGAGGCUCAUCCCGUCCCGUCCCUGACCGGUGCCGCUCUCCGGCCAUGCCGCGCCCCGCGCCCCGCGGCUGAGCGGGUCCCGCCGGGGCUCCAUGGGCUGCACCGGCAGCGCCCUGCGCUGCUGCCCCGUCGGUGCCGAGAGACAGCUAAAAGCCCAGCAGCAGAGAGGAUCGGCUUCCCAGGAGCUCUCAGCCUUGAAGACAGAGAAUGCCAAUGCCUCCCUGCUUCCUGAGGAUGGGGAGAAGGCAGCACAGCCAGAGGAGCAGACGGACAGUACGAGACUCCUCCAAGGCCAGGAGGAGGAGCAGGAGCGGCUGCGGGAUGCCGGCCAGACAGGCACUGCGAGCAUCUCCCAGGACACUGAGAUCCAGGUGGAAAAGGGAAAAGAGCUGGAGCUGAAGGAACAGCUUGAUGCCCUGAGGAGAGAGCACACAGAAACCCUGCAAGAGCUCCAGGGAGCACAUGAGCAGGAGAAGCUGCUGCUGACAGAGUCCCACCACAGGUCUGAAGCAGCCUUACAGGAGAAAAUUCAGGCACUGAAUUCCCAGCUGAAAUCCUUCCAGGAGAGGAUGAAGCGGGUGGAAGAGUCACUGCUGAGAACAGACUACAAGAAGCACAUCCAGGAGCACGGGAGCCCCAGCCCCUUCUGGGAGCAGGAGCUGGAGAGCCUGCACUUCGUCAUCGAGAUGAAGAACGAGCACAUCCACAGCCUGGACAAGAAGCUGCUGCACCUGGAGACCGUGGAGGAGAGGAACCUUCUGCUGGAGGAGAAGGUGAAAACUCUCCAGCAGGAGAACGAGGACCUGCAAGUUCGCACCCAGAACCACUUAGUCAUGGCGAGGCAGCUGUCCGAGGAGCUCCAGGCCGCCCACGGGGCGCUGGAGAAGGAAGCGCAGCUGCUGGAUCAGGCUCGCCGGGAGAAGGAAGAGCUGCUGUACCGUGUGCUCAACACGGGGGACGGCACCCCGUUCCCCAUGGCUGCCGGCGAGGUGCCCCUCAUCGCCACGUAG